AUGUCCAUAUCCUCUGUUUUCUCUCUCCACCGUGACUAUGCUGAGAAAAUAAAACUCGGGAUUCGCAUGGAUUGGGUUGGAUGUGGUCUUUCAGCCACAGGUGCCAUUUUAUUUGUGUUUGCGAUCGCUGAUAGCUCUUAUGCUCCACAAGGGUGGAAAACACCAUACAUCCCGCUGUUCUUCAUCUUGGGAGCUAUCUUGCUAGCGGUGAUGGCAUAUGUUGAAGGAUGGGUCAUUGAAAACCCCCUCCUCCUUCCCGGAGACAUCUUUCAGGUGAAAUAUAUGGCCCCUCUGGCGAUCUCAUUGCUUUUACUUUACGGGAGCCUGGGAAUAUUUCUACUCUAUGGGGUCUUAUAUAUGUCCGAAUUUAUGGGCGCCACUCCUCUUCAAAUAGUUGCCUGGACUGUUCCUAUGGCCGUUGGUGGUCUCAUCCUAUCUGUGACAGGAGGAUUUAUCCUCCACAAAGUAUCGGGGACGAUAUUGAUGCUGACGUCCUGUCUUGGAUAUGUGGGCUCAGGCAUACUGUUCGCUGUUUUACCAGUCGGCGGAAAUUACUGGGCUUUUGUUUUUCCUGCAAUGAUCUGUGGCACCAUUGCGAUUGACAUUAGCUUCAACAUUGCGAACAUUUUCAUCACUACUAGCAUGCCAAAGUCAAAGCAAGGGCUAGCUGGUGCACUCAUUUAUUGCACUAUGCAUAUGGGGAUCGCUGUGAUGUUAGGAUUUGCCGAUAUCGUGGAAACACAAACGAGCUACCUUGGAAAACGCCAGAGUUAUAAAGCAGUAUUUUGGUUUCAGUCCGGACUUUCCAUACUUGGGCUUCUCAUUGUUCUGGCUUUUGUGCGGAUUCGCCAUGCUAAGAGUGAAUUAACUAUUGAUGAGAAGGAAACUAGCGAGUCUACACAUGUGCCUACACCUCAGCAGAAUGAAAUGGUGUGA